CGACAAAUGAUUUGAUCCCGGUGCUUUAGAUUUGAAGGUCUCCUCUACCACCUGUUAAAUUUUGCUAUUCGACGACAUCCAGUCGCGAACUUACCGUCAAGAGCACAAGGCGUGAGGCAUGCGUAUCCACCACACCCUGCUCGUUACUGCGAUCGCCCUCCUUGCUGUCCUGUCGGUUGAAGUCGAUGCUGAAUCAAGGACCCUUCGAUCACUCAAGACGAUAAAGGGCGAAGACGCGGCAGGAGAAGAGCGUGCUGGCAUUCCUGCCAUUCCUGCAUUUACGCACACGUUCAACUUUAACGCGCUUGACGAAAUCGGUUUCCUUAUCAAGAACUUGCCGGAACAAUUUCAGAGAAUGAGGACUCAGCCUGAACGUCUACGAACCGUUCUCGGGGGGUGGUACGAUGAUCUCCAGUCCGUUAAACAGGUCGUCGCCUUCAUGACGAAAGAGGGACUGAGUGAGAAGGCAAUUGAAGAGUUUGUGGCAGCAUAUAAAGCCUAUAUUGCCUACGCACAGGCUCAUGGCAUUAAGCCGGCUGCUCUAACCUUACAUACAUGAAGGCUUACACAAGCCUCCUUUUGCUGACGUCUUUUGCAAGAAAGUUUGUUUCAUGUUGGAGUUUGAGGAAUGAACGUAGUCCAUAUGAAUGCCAGCGAUGGGCUUACCCCUCCACGUACCAUGUGCGUUCGAGAAGCGGGG